AUGACAAAUACUCCAAAGAAGCAUAGCGACGACAAACCGUCAUCUGGUUUCGUAAUAGCGCAGUUACCCAAAUUCGAACUGCUCUUAUACUAUGCUGUUUGGAUAUCGCACGCGAUCGGUGCAUUCGUGGUUGUAUUCAAUAUUACCAAUAGACUGCGUCGUUCAUUGGAAAGAUGGCUUCCGCAGAGCGAUUACAUGCCCGAUUAUCACAUGGAUACGACAGACCCGGAAUGGUCGUUCUAUCGGAUUGCAAUAUUUGAGAGACUUAUCGCCUUCGUCUUUCACUCUGCUGUUUUCUACAUCAUUCCAAAGUUGUUCUCAAAACGAGCGACGCAAUAUAUUAUGAUCGUAUGUUGGCUUGGAGUCCACCUCUACCUUACUAGUCUAAAAUGUAUGCUGACGUUCGCUGCUUUUGCUGUUUUCACGAUAGUUAUUUCACUUAUCGUUCAUACUGAAUUGGUUGCAUGGGUGAUUUGCAUAGCAUUCAUUAUGGAAGCGCAAUAUUAUGCACCGUUUUCAGUACCUCCUCGAAUUUAUUAUCGUGAACACAAUUUCUAUCUGUAUGGUGCAAUCAAGGUCAUCAAUUAUUGUAUCCAUCUAUCCAGGAAUAAAAUCAAUUCAAUGAAAGAAUUGGAUAUAAUUCGUUGUGCUCAGUACAUUCUCUAUCCGCCAUACUCGACUUUAUUAAUUGUGCUCUACGAUGAUUUUGAGUCGCAAAUUAAUCGAGUAGAAGCUGAACAACAAAAAAGUGAAAUAAUGCCGUUGCAUUUAACGAAAGGAAUGGUGUGGAAAGUGGUGCGGCUGAUCUUUUGGUAUUUCGCAUUUGAAUUUGUUUUGCAUUUUAUAUAUGUGUAUUCAAUUCUCAACUUACCAUUCCCAAUAUUCAAUUUACUCAACAUUUAUGAACUGGCAGCAACCGCUUAUGUGAAUGGACAAUUAUUCUAUUGGAAAUAUGUGCUUAUCUUUGGAAUACCUUCGUGGUUUGCACUUUUCGAUGGAAUGAAGCCUCCAGAUCCACCGAUUUGUAUUGCUCGAGUCAGUCGAUACUCACGAAUGUGGCGUUACUUUGAUCGUGGUCUCUAUCAGUUUCUGAAAUUACAGGUUUAUUUGCCAUUAGUGGGCGAUAUAAAGGGAACGUUCGGAUCAUGGCGUAGAUUCGGUGCAAUGGUCGGUGCAUUUUUGUUUGUGCUAGCGUGGCACGGCGCUACAAAGAGUUGCAUUUUGUGGGUGACAUUGAGUGCAAGUGAAUUAAUUAUUGAACGAAUUGGUUAUAUGAUUGCAUGCACCUCACUAUGGUGUCGAUUAUCAAUCGUCAUCGGUAAACGUAAUAAACGACGGCUUAUUGCUUUUGCUAUGAUCGCUACAGUUAUACCAGGUGUUUUUGGUGUUUUCUUCUUUCUGGGUCAAGAUGGAUUCGGUGAAAUGAUAUUUGAGAAACUUCUUAUUCAAGGCUUCUUUGAUGUGAUAUCUCUUGAUAUUGCCAUACGAGAUGGAUUGGCAACAGCUGGAUUUGUAUUCAUACACUUUAUUUUGCUUGGUUAUUGCUUCAAUAACGUUUGCUUGCAACUCGAUGAAAGCAUCACUCGAGAGAAGCCAAUUGAUCGUCCCCAGAAAAAAACCGAUUAA